AUGUAUAAUAUUAAUGUAUUGUUGUUAAUAUUUAAUGUCAUCUUAUUCAAAACGACAAAUAGUUAUACUAUAUUAAAUUCUAUACGUAUAUCAAUAAAUUCUUCACAAAUCUUUCAAUCAUCAUGUUCAACUUAUUCUCCUAUUCCUUUAAUAGAUCCAAUAACAGUAGAUAUUAAAACAUUAGCAGAAGAUUUAUCAGCUUGUCGUUAUUCAUCAUCUGAUCUUGUUCGUUGGUAUUUAUCUCGUAUUGAUGCUGUUAAUCGACAAGGCUCUCAUCCACUUCAUGCAGUUACUGAAACUAAUCCUGAUGCACUUGAAAUUGCAAAUGCACUUGAUCAAGAACGACAUAUAAAUGGUUCAAGAUCAAUUCUACAUGGAAUACCUAUUCUUAUCAAAGAUAAUAUUGCAACAUAUGAUAAAAUGGAAACAACAGCUGGUAGUUUAGCAUUGUUUGGUUCACGUGUACCACGAGAUGCAUUUGUUGUUCAACAAUUACGAAAAGCAGGUGCAAUUAUUCUUGGUAAAGCAUCAUUAUCAGAAUGGAGUAAUUUUAAAUCAGAAAAUGUAACAAGAGCAGGUUGGUCUGCACGUGGUGGUUUAACUAAUUCAGCUUAUGUUGCUAAUGGUGAUCCAUAUGGAAGUAGUAGUGGCUCAGCUGUUGCUACAAGUGCUGGCUUAUGUGCAGCAGCUAUAGGAACGGAAACUGCUGGUAGUAUUGUUUCACCUGCAAGUCGUGCAAAUAUUGUUGGUCUUAAACCAACUGUUGGUUUAACAUCACGUUCAGGUGUUAUUCCAAUCUCACAUGAUCAUGAUACAGUUGGACCUCUAGGUAGAACUGUUGAAGAUGUUGCUCUUCUACUUGAAGUCAUACAAGGUGUUGAUAGCCGAGAUAAUGCAACACAACAACAAGGAAUUAUUCGUCAUCAAAAUUAUACACAAUUUCUACUUGGUAUAGAAGGACUUAGAGAUCUUCGAUUAGGUGUUAUACGUGAAGGAAUUAAUAUAACUGAUGAAAGACAAAAUAGAGUGAAUGAAGCUAUCAAAUUAAUGAGUAUUCAUGGGGCAUCUAUUAUUGAUCCAGUUAAUAUCACUAUUUCUGAUGAUGAUACUAUAACAGAUGAUUUACAAUCUCUUGCAUCUUAUAAUUUUCGUGAUGAUAUUAUAAAUUAUUUAUCAGAACUGAAAAAUACUACAAUACGAUCUGUAAAAGAUAUUAUUAAAUUUAAUAUUGAACAUGCUGAUAAAGAAUUUCAUCCGGAAUAUUCUCCAAAUCAAAAUGUAUUUAUUUCUAUUGAAAAUAAAACAAAUAUGACUACUAAUGAUUAUAUAAAACUAUAUAAUAAAACUCGAUUAAUAGGUGGACGAGAUGGAAUUGAUGCUAUAUUAGCUCAACAUAAAUUAGAUGGACUUAUCAUACCUGAUGUUACACAUGAAAUUACUGUAUUUGCUUCAUUUGCUGGUUAUCCAUUAAUUGUUGUUCCAUUAGGUUUUAAUAAAUCAAAUGAUGAACCCUAUGGAUUAAUGUUUGCAGGAACUGCAUGGUCAGAAUCAAUGCUUUUACGUAUAGCUCAUGGAUUUGAACAAGCAUUUUCUGUACGAAAUACUGUUCGACCAAAAUAUGCCGAACAAUAUGGAUAUAUUCUUCAACUUCUUUUUAAAAUAAUCGAAUUUUUAAAAAAAUUAAAAUUAAUUUAA